GGGGCCGGUCCUGGGGGCUGCGGCGGGAGCUGGGCCGGGCCAGCCCUCCCCGACCCCGACCCUGCGCCCUAGCUGGGUUGGGGGGGGGGAGUCAUCGCCAAGCACCCCCCCCCCCCAUCAGCCCCCUUCGGCGGGACUCGAGGGUCCCGGGCUUGCCCGGAGGUAGCUGGGAGGUCGGGACUCGGCCCCCGCCUUGCAACACAUCCAGACAGGUUUGUCCAGAUUCUCUGCGUGCGUUGAGACGGGUUUCCGCCCCCGGCGAGGAUGCCUGUAGGUGCUCCUCCCGGCUGUCCCUGGCGAGCCCGUCCGGGACCGUUUUCGCCUUUUCUCUGGACCCUGACGGGUCGACUCUUACCAUGGAAUUUCUUAGGCCUGUUCGGAGUGAUGUAUUAAGUUAGUGCCUAUAGAGGCACUAUGGCACACAGCAGCAACGCCGAUCUCUAGUUUAGGCUCCUGCCCUGUAUGGGUCAUUCUGUACAGGCCUAAGAUACUUCCUCAGCUGUACCAGAAAUCAAGUUUUGUUCUUAUAAACAAAUUCUAAAAUUGUUUCCUAAUAACUAUGUUUUCUUCCUAUGGCACUCCUGUUGGGUAAUGCCAUACUGUGCCAGGCAAAGAUUUAGAAAUGUAACUAACGGUAUAGUUAUUCCCAAAAGUGCUCCACAAUUUCUCCAAGUGAUUAUGUUGCUGCUGGAAACAUUCGACUUAAAAAUCCAUUGCAAAGGUAGGCAGCAGCCGACAAAACCUCCUCUAUUUGAUUCUUAAAGGCAAAGUCAUAGAAUCGUAACUUGUUAGGCUUGGAAGGGACUAUAGUUGAUCUAACCCACCAAUUUACACAGGAGGGCUCUGGGACUCAAGAAGUGGGAGGUCCCUUAUUAAAUCAGGUCUGUUCAAAAUGACAGGGAGGUGCUACCCAUCACUACUGAAUCUGAAAACCAACACUGUUUUCAUUUGGGCCAAAUGUAAACAUGCUCCUUCCCCCAUUUUUGAUGUCCAGUAACUUUCAUCUGUGCCAGUCACCUUUAAAGGCUGAUUUGCAGAGCUGUUGCUCCUUAUUGGAGGUAAAGUGAAUGCUGAGGACGUCAGAGUUUGAUGACAGAGACUGUUGAAUUUAUUUGUUUGGAGUACACGUUAUGAACCCUUUCUGGAGCAUGUCUACAAGCUCUGUACGCAAACGAUCUGAUGGUGAAGAGAAGUCAUUAACAGGGGAUGUGAAAACCAGUCCUCCACGCACCGCUCCAAAGAAACAGCUGCCUUCUAUUCCCAAAAAUGCUUUGCCCAUAACUAAGCCUACAUCUCCUGCCCCGGCAGCACAGUCAACAAAUGGCACACAUGCUUCUUACGGACCCUUCUACCUGGAAUAUUCUCUUCUUGCAGAAUUUACCUUGGUUGUGAAGCAGAAGUUACCUGGUGUCUAUGUGCAGCCAUCUUAUCGCUCUGCAUUAAUGUGGUUUGGAGUAAUAUUCAUCCGGCAUGGACUUUAUCAAGAUGGUGUAUUUAAGUUUACAGUUUAUAUCCCUGAUAACUACCCAGAUGGCGACUGUCCACGCCUGGUGUUUGAUAUUCCCGUCUUUCACCCGCUAGUUGAUCCCACCUCAGGUGAACUGGAUGUGAAGAGAGCAUUUGCAAAAUGGAGGCGGAACCAUAAUCAUAUUUGGCAAGUAUUAAUGUAUGCAAGGAGAGUUUUCUACAAGAUUGAUACAGCAAGUCCCCUAAACCCAGAGGCUGCUGUACUGUAUGAAAAAGAUGUUCAGCUCUUUAAAAGUAAAGUGGUUGAAAGUGUUAAGAUGUGCACUGCUCGUUUGUUUGACCAACCUAAAAUAGAGGAUCCCUAUGCAAUUAGCUUUUCUCCGUGGAAUCCUUCUGUACAUGAGGAAGCCAGAGACAAGAUGCUGACUCAGAAAAAGAAGCCUGAAGAACAGCACAAUAAAAGUGUGCAUGUUGCUGGCCUGUCAUGGGUAAAGCCUGGCUCAGUACAACCUUUCAGUAAAGAAGAGAAAACAGUAGCAACUUAAGAGAUGGUGAAUCUGGUGCACCAUGCACUUUCCUGCUGGACUCUGGCCUAAUUAAAGCUGACCAAUGGCAGAGGACUGCCUGAAGAGUAAAGCUGUGUGAACAAUGACUGAUACCAGUGUUUUCCUGUAUACUUAGGUUCUAACAGCAGGUUUUGGAAACCUCUCUUUAAGUAAUGCAUUACUUCUGUCAGAAGUGUCUUUAGGGUGGUUAUCUAGUUCAGUACUCCAAAUUGUUGGGGACCUUGAAGCUUAAGUAUUUUUCUGAAUAUAAUGCUAAAGGUAAGUUGCACUCAUUUAAAUAGACUAGACAGAAUUCAACACUAUUUAAUGGUUUUUAAAAGCCAGUAGUUUUGGUUGUACAUAUAAGAUGGGUAGAGAGAAUAGGUUCCAUAGCUCAGCACUUUUAAGUGGAAAAUCAUUUGAAAACUCAGUGUUUAGCCUACUGUCUUACUCAGUUGUCACUGAGGUAUAUAUUAGAUGAAUGAGAGAAAACCAGAAUGUUUAUUCAUAGUUGAUUUUUUUUAAGCAAAUAACUUACUGUAUUUUUAUGGUGGGAGGGAGAAAAAGUGUUCAAAUGGUUUCUAAUGAAGUCAGAUAUUUAAAUGAUGAAUGACUAAUGUGCUUAGUAGAGACAAAAUAAACCAAUAAAUGAUCAUUCUUUGUCAUUUAUGCAGAAAACUAAAUAUGUUUGUCUCAAUAUAACUAAACAAAGAUUAAUUUAUAAAUGCUUUA